UAUGAUUUUAAUCAGUAAAUUUAAAAAAAAAUUAUAUUGUAUAAUUUGAUGGUAGGGAAAUCAAGUUUUAAUUUACCUUUUUUCGGCAGCUUUAAUACACUCUAGUCCUUCUUCAAUUUUCCUAGCUUCCAUUGCGUUUAAUUUACUAUUUAAUGCCUGACAAUACAAAACUAUGAAUGUUUAAUACUUAGAACCAGAUACACCAUUCACAGCAGUGAUAACGUUCUGUGUAAAGCAAAAACCAUAUGAUAUGACAGAUCAGUGUAGCCAUGUUAUUCAUGUAUUUUAAUUUAUUUUUAACAGUAACUAUAGAAUUCAGAUUUGUUCAGAAUGUACAGACAAUAAAGAAAAAAUGUUUUUAAGAAGUAUUGCAUUUCUGCCAUUUCAAAGCACGAUUUUUAAAGCCAAUACUCUUCAGAAUUUCAAAAUCAUAACAAGAAUGGCCGCUGGAGGGCCGGAGAAAGUCUGUGUGGAACCUUGUACUGGUGAUACUGGCACUUGCACUGAUAAGAUUAAACAGAUCCAAUCUCGAUUCCAGAAGGAUGAAGCAUGCCCAAUAUGGUUGAGGUCAACAGCAGAUAAGCUUGUGUACCUCACAACAGUAGGACUGGCCUUAGCUGGAGUUGGUUUAAGUUUCUACAAUAUCCUUUUGAGAAUCUGAAACCCUUCUGAUAUGAAUGUUUAUGGUGUGAUAUGAAAAGAUUUUAUACCAGGAUAAAUUUAUAUCAAUGUUCCAUCAAUUAAAUGACAGAAAAAUAAAUCAAUGUGCCAGCAAUAAAUUUUUUUUAUAAAUUAGAUUAUCUCUUGUUUAUACUUGUAAAUACCCUGACAGUUAAUUUUGAGAGUAAUUUUCUUAAAAAAAUGUAUAUUUAAUUUAGACAAUGUAUCUUAAACCACCAGGUGAAAAAAACAAUAUAUAUAAGCCUUCAUUAAGGAGACAUUGGAAAUAUUAACUAAAAAACAUUAAAAUAUAAAUACAAAACAUCAAUGUAUUAAUUUUAAUUAUUGUUUCAUUCAAUAUAAAUUUAUAUACAAAAAAAAAAUAGAAUAAAUUUAACUGAUAAAGCUAUUAUUGUUAGUUGGAGGGAGCUGGAAGGAGAUGUUUAUGAACCAUAUGCUCCUUAUUGAUAAGAUGAGUGGUGUGGUUGAGAAGUCGCAUGAGAUCAGUGAGGUUGUGAGACCAAUCAUUAAGAACUUCAUUGGGUUGUUGAGGACUGGUAAAAUUAAUAACACCAGCUGGUCUGUCAGUCUUGGCUGUAACACUCUUGUUCACAACCAUCUCACUCAAGGUAUCCUCUGUUUCCUAUGGGAUAUCAAUAUGUAUA